AUGAAUCCUAUUUACUCUACAGAUAUCGAGUCUCCUAGUGACAUGUUAGUCGACUCAGAUGAACUGUUAAACGACGUUGAGAAUGAGAAAGAUGAUGGAAAUGUACAUGAUAUUCUUACUGAUGAAAUAAUUCUCCGUGGCGACGAUGUAGAAACAAUGCGAGAACUUGUCUUGCCACCUAUACAUGAGCAACCCGAAAUUCUUGAGAACAAAUCAUACAGCUGGCAAAUUACAGAUUGGACGCAGCUUCCUAGGAGACAUCGCUCACCCGUAUUCUGGUGUGGGGGCCAUCCAUGGCGAAUCUUAAUGUUUCCUAAAGGCAAUAAUGUUGAUUACUGCUCAGUUUACUUGGAACAUGGUUAUGAAGAUGGCUCAAAGGCAGGGCCAAUCCCGCAAAACUUUACAUGUUGCAUGCAAUUUGGGUUUGUUUUGUACAACCCAGACGCGCCCACAUGCUUCGUUCAUAAUACCGCUAAUCAUCGCUUCACUAAAGACGAGGGUGACUGGGGAUUCACUAGAUUUGUCGAGCUAAGAAAAUUGUGGAAUGUGCCAUGGGAUAACCAAAAUAAUUAUCUGGCGCCUGGUGAAAGAGCAAUUUUAACUGCAUAUGUUAGACACGUUAAAGAUGAAACUGGCGUUUUAUGGCAUAAUUUUCAAAAUUAUGAUUCAAAGCAAGAGACAGGCUACGUCGGCUUGAAAAAUCAAGGCGCAACGUGCUAUCUUAAUUCGCUAAUUCAAUCUCUUUAUUUUACCAACGCCUUCCGCAAGGCUGUCUAUCAAAUACCAACUCAAAAUGAAGAAACUCUAACAAAUAGUGCCUAUACACUUCAACGACUUUUUUAUCAAUUGCAAACAUCAAAAUAUGCCGUUGGUACCUCUGAACUCACCAAAUCUUUUGGCUGGGAGACUAGACAUAUUUUUGAGCAGCAGGAUGUCCAGGAACUCUCACGAAAACUGAUGGAGCGUAUGGAAGAAAAGAUGAAGGGAACUGAGGCUGAAAAAGUGUUGUCAAAACUGUUUAGUGGCAAGGUUCGGACCUAUAUCUCUUGUAUCAAUGUCGAUUACGAAUCUCACCGACUCGAAGACUUUUGGGAUAUCCAAUUAAAUGUGAGCGGAAACAGAGAUCUCGAGACGAGCUUCCAGGACUAUAUUCAAGAAGAGAUUAUGGAUGGAGAGAAUCAGUAUAUGGCAGGAGACGAAUACAAGCUUCAGGAUGCUAAAAAGGGUGUCAUAUUUGAGACCUUUCCCGAUGUUCUUCAUUUACAACUAAAGCGCUUCCAGUAUGACGUCGAGCGAGACGCUAUGAUGAAGAUCAAUGACCGAUAUGAGUUCCCGGAAAUUUUUGAUGCUUCACCUUACUUGGCCGAUAAUGCCGACAAAUCGGAGCCUUACAUUUACCAACUUCAUGGUGUGUUAGUCCAUAGCGGCGAUCUGAAUGCUGGACACUAUUACGCUUUUAUUAAGCCUGAGAAGAACGGAUGGUUUUACAAAUAUGAUGAUGACAAAGUAACGAGAGCAACUAUUAGAGAAGUUCUAGAAGAUAACUAUGGCGGUGAAUUUUUAUAUCCUAAUGGUCAAGUUCCUAUAAGGAAGAACAAGCCACUUAUGCGGCAGAACAAUGCUUACAUGCUGGUAUAUAUUCGGCAGACUCGACUGGACGAUGUCCUCUUCCCAGUCACGAAAGACGACACCCCAGCGCAUCUACAAUACAAGCUAGAUGAAGAAGCAAGAAUACGAGAUGCACGAAAAAAAGAACGAGAAGAACAGCACUUAUACUUAGUGGCCCGUGUUAUCACAGAAAAUACACUAAGAGAACAUGGUGGCACAGAUCUUGCCGUUAUAAAUUCAAACGAAUGGUCGAGCCCGGGUUCUGCUUCUUAUUAUCGGCUCUUACGGAAGUCUUUAUUGAAGGAACUGAUUCAACAGGUAUCUCACGAUACAGAUGUUGACCCUCGACGCGUACGUAUGUGGGCAAUGGUAGGUCGUCAGAAUAAAACUGUUCGACCUGAUCAGCCCAUACAUGAUAUAAAUGUCACCAUGGAGGAAGCAUACCAAAAAAUGGCCGGUAACAAGAACGGAGAGUUCCGCUUAUGGGCGGAAGUUGCUGAGGAGGUUGAUUCAGAAGGCAAUGCUAUAUGGCCAGCUAGUCCUGGUCUUGUUACGAACAAAGCUCUCACUAAGUCUGAUAUAAUUAUUCUUUUCCUAAAGCAUUUUGAUAUCAGGGCUCAAAAGCUCAGCUGCAUUGGCUACAUAUAUAUCAAUAAGGACAAAAGAGUCGAGGAUCUAGUACCAAUAAUUUUAAAGAAGAUGGGCUGGCCAGAUAGGUCACUAAAUGGUGAUAAGAUUCAGCUAACCCUAUUUGAAGAAAUUAAGCCUACCAUGAUCGAGCCAAUGAAGGCCAAGCAAACCCUAAGAGCAGCAGAGCUUCAAGACGGUGAUAUUGUCUGCUUUCAGCUACCAUCCUGUGAUGUGAAGCUCGAUGAAGGACCUAACUCGAAAAAUGGAGUAAAUGUUAAUAGCAAGCUAGGCUCGCUUGAUCAAACCCAGUCUGAGAAAAGUAUCUCCACCUUGACUUCCUUAAAUACUGAUCCCAUACGCUCGUCUCAGGACUUCAUUGAGGAUGCGCGCUUCUUUUAUGAUUGGCUAUCGAAUAAGAGAGAUGUACUUUUUAGUCCUCAUCCCACUCGGAAUCCAAAUCCCGAGGUCUACGCUCCUUUUACACUUACUCUUAGCAGCAAAUAUUCAUAUGAUCAAAUGGCUGCCAGAGUAGGGCAGCACUUAAGGGUAGAUCCCACCCAUAUUCGAUUCUGGACAACUCAUGCCGCAACCGGUGCACCAAAGAUAGCUGUUAAGCGCGUCCAAUCACAAAAUGUUACUUCAAUUCUUAACCCUCCCUAUAGCUCACUCUCAAAUGCCACUCAAAAAUAUGAUGCGCUCUUUUUCGAGAUACUUGAAAUAAGUUUAUCCGAGCUAGAUACAAAAAGGGCGCUCAAGGUAUACUGGUUAAGUGAAGGUAUUUCGAAGGUUGAAGAAUUUGACAUACUUGUUCCAAAGAACGGUAACGUUGAAGAUUUAAUUCAAGCCCUAUUAAAGAAAGCACAGCUUGAUGAUGAUGAGGAAACUGGCGGCCCUAUUCGCGUUUAUGAAACACACAGCAGUAGAAUAUACAAAGUCAUUGGAAAAGAAUAUCAAAUUUCUAGCAUCACAGACUACGUCAAUGUUGUUGCUGAACGCUUGCCAGUGGAAGAUAUUGAACCAAAUCAAGCCGGAAAUUGGGUGUAUGCCUUUCACUACCAAAACGACCCUAGCAAAACUCACGGUAUUCCUUUUAUUUUUCGCACCAUUAUUUCUGAGAAGUUUUCAGACACCAAAAAGAGGCUGGAGAAACGUACCGGCUUCAAGGGUAAAGUUUUUGAGAAAAUUAAGUUUGCAAUCAUUGCUCGUGGGUCAUUUGCAAAACCAUUAUAUCUUAAUGAUGACGAUAUACUCGAAGAACAUCUGACUCAUCGUGAUGACAUGCUUGGACUUGAUCAUGUUGAUCGAUCGAGAGGAGUAAGAAAUGGCGCCGUCGACUUAUUUCUUAAGUAG